AACAUCUCCAUCUCCAGCUCCUCUGCUACCACUUCAUCAUCAUCCUUCUUCUCAGAUCCAAUCUCUCUCUUCUAUUCUCUUCAGAGACUUCUUCCAGAGAGAGAGAGAAAUUAGCCCACUCUUUUCCAAUUUUACCCCUCCGAAACCGGUAGUGAUGGUUGAAGCUCAAACAUGGACAACAAGAAGAGGGAGUAACCCAAGAUUGGAAACAGAACAAGUAAUUGAAAUCCCAUCAACACCAACAGGUGAAUCAAGAUAUGGAGGUGGUGCUGGGAAUUCAUUGUCACCAACAAUCACAACAGGUUUAUUCAUAGGUUCAUGGUACUUAUCAAACAUUGGUGUUCUCUUAUUAAACAAGUACCUGUUAAGUAUCUAUGGAUUUAGGUAUCCAAUAUUCUUAACUAUGUUACAUAUGAUAUCAUGUGCAAUCUACAGUUUAAUUGCUAUACAUUGGUUAGAGCUAGUCCCAUUACAACAUAUUACUUCUAGAAGACAAUUCUUUAAGAUCUUUGGUUUGAGUGGGAUUUUCUGCUUCUCUGUUGUUUGUGGUAAUACAUCACUGAGGUAUUUGCCUGUUUCGUUCAAUCAAGCAAUUGGAGCUACUACACCAUUUUUUACAGCAAUUUUCGCAUUUCUGAUUACUUGUAAAAAAGAAACUGGGUCUGUCUACUGUGCAUUGUUGCCUGUUGUGUUAGGGAUUGUGUUAGCUAGUAAUAGCGAACCAUUGUUUCAUUUGUUUGGGUUUUUGGUUUGUAUUGGUUCUGUGGCUGGAAGAGGGUUGAAAUCUGUUGUGCAAGGGAUUUUGUUGACGUCUGAGGCCGAGAAGCUUCAUUCCAUGAAUUUGUUAUUGUAUAUGGCACCAAUGGCUGCGAUGAUUUUGUUGCCGUUUACGCUUUACAUUGAAGGGAAUGUAUUAGGGUUGACGAUUCAGAAAGCCAAAGAGGAUAGUUUUAUUGUCUUCUUGUUAUUGGGGAAUGCUACCGUGGCUUAUUUGGUGAAUUUGACUAAUUUCUUAGUCACGAAGCAUACAAGUGCAUUGACGCUGCAGGUUCUGGGUAAUGCUAAAGCUGCGGUAGCUGCUGUUGUGUCGGUUUUGAUUUUUAAGAAUCCGGUUACAAUUAUGGGAAUGACAGGAUUCGGUGUUACAAUUAUGGGUGUUGUUUGUUAUAGUGAAGCAAAGAAGAGAUCUAAAGUUACAGCCAAGUGAUAACAAUAUGCAAAUUUGCCAAUGGAUUCAAAGGUAUGAUCAAAAAGAGGGAUCUUCAUUCAAUCCUGUCCUCAGUUAUAUUGUUUUUUAUGUCUUAAAUUUUUUAGCUGAAUUCAUGUUGUUCAUCAAGAAAUAGAACGAACUUUUGAUUGAAUGUGAACUGAAUUUGGGCAUAUGAUGUGGUGUAAAGGAAAGGGUUCUCUUUCUCUUUUUUAUCUUCUUAGUGGGAGAUAGUGAACAAGAAAAGAUUCUUCGUUCACUGUCUCUCUGAAACUCAUAAUACAUUACAUACACUUUGAAUUUGUCUUGUAAUAUCAAUAUUUUGUUUGUUUAAGGUCAAAAGUAUAGGACACUGAUUGAAUUAUUUGUCUAUGAAGAAUCAUAUCUGUAAUCGAAUAUUGUGUAUGUUUAAGGUAGAAAGAAUUCAAUAUAGUGGAUUGUCUAAGAGAGGGGUAGAAAAAAGCUAAGCAAAACCUAUCUUUUACUUUCAGUGUAAUCAAAGCUUUCUUAUUCAUGUUUAUAGACCGCAUUUGUAACUUCCUUUUCUGUAAGAUUACUACUACUCCAGCUUUUAUGUUUUU